CCGUGUGAUCCGUGAUCUGGGCUGCGGGCGCCCCUGCGCGUUGCGCUCCUGCUUGCGAGGCCACCCGGCCCACAGUUUGGGGCGUGCGUCUGGUAGCGCCCGCCAAGCUCCCAACUUCUGAGAAGACGCGGUCUGGCAGCUUUGAGCUCUGAGUACUCUGAACCUCACCAAGCUCGGAAAGGUCAAGAAAGAGAAUCUGCUUUGAUCUAUGGCCAUUUUGCUGCUUGCAACAGUGUUCCAUCAUGUUCUCUCCUGGUGAUGUCACAUGGAGCACAAAGGUCCAGGUCGGCAGAGAGCCAGGCUACAGAAAGUGGUGAGGCAUUCUGGAUGGAUGGCUGCUGGAAACCCAUUGGCAUAGCCAGCUCUUCUUCAGUCCUGAAGGAUUUUUCCUGGCAUUGAGUAAUGACAAUUUCGAAACCACAUUUGAGAAGUACUUCCAUCCAGUGCUGCUUGUGUUUGUUGCUAAACAGUCAUUUUUUACCUGAGGCUGGCAUUCCUGUCUUCUUCUUCAGCUGUAUCAGUGUAGGUCUUCCUGAAACAGAAGCCAAUUGGCAUGAUGUAAUUAGUGAUUUGAAAAGAAUUGAAGAUCUUAUACAAUCUACCCAUAUUGAUGCUACUUUAUAUACUGAGAGUGAUGCUCAUCCCAAUUGCAAAGUCACAGCGAUGAAGUGCUUUCUCCUGGAGCUACGAGUUAUUUCACAUGAGUCCCGAGACAUGGACAUUAACGAGACGGUACAAAACCUUAUCAUUCUAGCCAACAGCAGUUUAUCUUCUAAAGGGAACGUAACAGAAUCUGGGUGUAAAGAAUGUGAGGAACUGGAAGAAAAAAGUAUUACUGAAUUUUUGCAGAGUUUCAUCCACAUUGUUCAAAUGUUCAUCAACUCUCCUUGAUUGAGAAAGAUUCUAUGCAGUGUUUCCACUGUUGAGCAAUGCGUUUCUGCUGAUUGCAGGCAACCAAACACAUUUCAAACAAGCUGCUAAAGCAAGUUUUCCAGCGAGAAGAUGGGCAGGAUCUUGGAUUAAAUGUUCUCCUGGAAAUAAAAGGCAGAAAAAUGACUUUUAAUAUCAUAGUGACUAUGAAC